AUGCAAAUAGCUGAACAAGAAACUUUAAGAAAACCAGUUGUUCCAAAAGAAACAAAACCAAUGCAAAAAUUAAUACCAAAAGCAUCGACAGUUUCAACACCGAGAUCAAUAAAACAAUAUUAUCAAAAUUAUUUUAGAAUUGAUUAUACAAUUCUUGAAACUGUAUGUAAACCAAAUUCUAUGUUUAAUACAACGGCAACUAUUCAAUCCCUUGAAUAUUUGACAAAUAAAAAGUUUAAUACGAUUACUCGAAAUGUAACUAUGAAUAUUAUUUCAAUUAAUGUAAUAAUUACGAAAAUUAAUAAAACUCAACAAAAUUCUUCACCUAAAUUCAAAAAAAUCGUUUGUAAUUAUGAUCUUGAAUUGUAUAUUGGUUUUGAUUUUCCUUCAUAUUGUAAUGCUGCUUGUCAAUCAGAAGAAAUUCAACAUUUAACCUCACGUUCUCGACCAUUUGGUAAUCCAGUAGAUUCUUCAUUUACAUUUACUUUAUUUUCAUCAAAGCCAUUUAGAACAAUAGCUAAUUUCAACAUUCAACAAGUGUUAAUUUAUCGAAGUUCAAUUUAUUUCAAUAAAAAAGUUUAUAUUGGUUCAUUUAAUGAAACUCGUUAUUUAUCAGCAUUAAUACUUGAUUCAUCUGCUUCUCAAACAUCGAUAACAAUGUCACAAACAAAUCGAAGUUUAUUUUUAAUUACAAAUCCUUUAGAUCAAAACUCAUUUGAAAAUGAUUGUUCAACUGUUUUUAUAUCAAUUUCAACAGUACCAGGAUGUGAUACAUAUAUGCGUCAUGAAAAUAGACGAAUUAAAUUAGGAAAAAAUGAUCAAUCAAUUUUAUUUAAACAAGAUGCAACAUUUAAAUUAUUAACAAGUAAAAUAAAAAAAGAUAUAGUGGUAUUUCAAUCAAUAAAUAUUCCUGAAUCAUAUAUAUCUAUUGAUACAGACACGAACAUAGCUUUAAUGUUAACACAACUUGAAAAAUCUCCAUCCAAUAUUGAUUCUUUAGAUAAAAGAUUUUUAUUUAAAUUAAAUUUUAAUGAAUAG